GCAGAACCGCCUGCAGAUAAAACCAGAGGAGCUCAGCAAAUGCUCAGUACGAGCAAGACAUCCCAACUACACGCUGUCACUUCGGGAUACUCACAAGUAUCCUCAUUCCAGAUCGCUAUUUGAUAAAACGCACGCUAUGUCAAGAAGUCUGGAACUGUUCAUAUUGCUGGCUGCUCUCUGCUGCGCCCUAGCGGACAAUGUUGGGCACCUGCGUUCCAAGAGAGGAACCCGUUUUUAUAGAGGUGAGCCCAAGAAGACGCCCCCUAAAUGGACCCUUUUGGUUAUACGUGUCGACAAGCCUUCACCCUCUGCUGUUCACUCCACCUUGCUGUGUAAGGAUAGCAAGGACUCAGCGGUGCGUAACUUUGGCGACACUUGGAUGCGAUGGCGCCAACGGGGUGCAGAGUACUGCCGCUGUGCACUGAAAGGACAAGAGCGAUGUCACUAUGUGCCUGUUGUCACUUGCCAGGAGUCUCGCUGCUACAACGGAGGCAUCUGUAAGGAGGCUCUGUACUCCUCAGACUUCCUGUGCCAGUGUCCUCCCGGCUUCUCCGGAACACAGUGUGAGAUCAACACCGAUGAGAAGUGUGUGUUGGGCCAGGGCGGAGCGUACCGUGGGACAUGGAGCUUAAGCCAUAAAGGCAGUACCUGUAUCAACUGGAACUCCACCACUCUGAGGGGAAGGCAGUACACCGCCAUGAGGAGGGACGCCAGCAUCCUGGGCCUCGGCAACCACAACUUCUGCCGGAACCCGGAUAAGGACUCGACUCCCUGGUGCUUUGUCUACAAGGGGUCUCAGGUGGCCUGGGAAUACUGCAGCAUAUCCAAGUGUCCAGAAAAUAAGGAGCAGGAGUGUGUGCAGGAUGCGGGCCAAUCGUACCGGGGCUCCGCAGUCUCCAGCCGGAGUGGGGCCCAAUGUCUGCCCUGGGACUCACCGUACAUCAAACGCAGGUCCUUCACCGCCUGGAGGCCAGACGCUCUGGAACUGGGCCUGGGCAGCCACAGCUACUGCAGGAACCCGGACAAGGAUGCGGGCCCCUGGUGUCACAUCGUCAAGAACGACCAGCUGACCUGGGAGCUCUGUGACGUCCCUAAGUGCUCAAAACCUUCAACUUUUAUCACGACCCUUGUCCCCAGAGCUCCUACCAGCGACGGCAACCAAAACGGAGCGAUGUGCGGCCAGCGUCAGGACAACUCUCUGAACAGCGUCUCGUUCCGUAUCCUCGGUGGCAGACCGAGUGACAUCACAGACCAGCCCUGGCAGGUGGCCAUCAACGUCUACCGCCGCCGCCACAAGAAGCACUUGCACCUGUGUGGGGGCAUCCUCAUCGACUCAUGCUGGGUGCUGUCUGCAGCCCACUGCUUUGAGGAGGGCUUUCAGCCGUCUCAGCUGCAGGCCGUCCUGGGGAGAACGUUCCGGAAGCAAAACUCCAGCAGUGAGCAGAUUUUCGAGAUUGAGAAGUUUUGGGUACACCAAGAUUUUGACAAAGAAACCUAUGACAAUGACAUCGCUCUGUUGAAGCUCAAGACUGACAUCGGAAUCUGUGCCAUCCACUCUCCAGAGGUGCUGCCUGCCUGUCUUCCAGAACCAGGCCUGGUUCUGCCUGACUGGACGGAGUGCGAGAUUUCUGGCUACGGGAAAGAGACAGAGUUCGAUUAUGAGUUUUCAGAGCGUGUGAAGCGAGGUUUUGUCCGGCUGUGGCCCCGGGACCGCUGCGUCCCUGCAGUGCUCUCUGGACGCACCGUCACAGACAACAUGCUGUGUGCUGGGGACACCCGUGGCCGGGAUGACGCCUGCCAGGGAGACUCGGGAGGCCCACUGGUGUGUCCGAGCGGGGGCCGGAUGACCCUGAUGGGGGUGAUCAGCUGGGGCGACGGCUGUGGGAAUAAGGACAAGCCAGGGGUGUACACCCGGGUCAUCCACUACCUGGACUGGAUCCGCAGCAGGAUGGCAGAGGAGCCCAGUGUCUGAGAGACAUGUCCUAAGAGAGCCAGACAAAAUGUUAAAAAGAAGAACAAUGAGGUACUGUGUUUGACAAACAAACUCACAGAUAAGAGAAUUUGUACUUUUUUUGUUUUUUUAAGUGACAAACUUGUCAGAUAUGACAUUUCUGAUCUGUGCUUUGCUGCAUUGAGGGACCUUUCUCAAGUGUGUGUACACACAUGUAUCCAGGGUCCCACACCGGCCCCUUGUUACUCCUGAGCCAUGGCCACUCAUCGCGGUCUAGGGUCCUAUCUAGGAAGACAAAGCAGCCCAACAAAGACCUCAGUUGUCUGUGUGGUGUCAUAUGCUCCACAAGGCCACUCUGUGUGGUGGUUUCUGCUGCUGUGUUGGUGGUAAUAUAGUGGUCAGCCAGCUACAGUUUAUAUUAUGGACAAAACAAAAGUUCUCCUCAUACCAGUGUCUACUUCACAUUGAUGUGCCAGCCACAUCAGAGACUAUGGACUACUAGAGCAGAGUUUCUUAAACUAUAGACUCAGAACCCAAAAAUGGGAUGCGAUUUAGUUGACAGGGAAAAACAAGUCAGAGCACACUGGAAUUGGUGAUCCUUUUGUUAGACGAAGGGAGUUUUCUGAGGACAGACUGAAAUUGUCUUUUGUGUCUCAAGAGGAAAAGGUUUAAGACCCCCAUGGACUAGACCUAUUUACUUCACUUAGAGUCAGAAGUCAGUCUCUAAGAGCUUUGCUCAAGGGUUUGUUUUUUAAUUAACAUUUUUUUCAUCAUUUUGUUGAGGUCUUUGCUUCAAUAACUCCGGAGGCACAGCCAACCGUGAUAGGUGCAUUCAACGUCGUACCUAUUUUUAAGGGCUUUUUUUGCCCAGGAUUCAUUGGUCAUCUCUUAUUGGUUAAUAUGUUGCUAUAUUGCUCUAGCUUGUUAACCGUUUCCAGUGUGCCCUUGUUGUUGUUAAGUCUAUUGCGGUAAUCUUACGACGCUCUGCUGGCUCAGAAGCUUUAAUCGAUAUUUCUUCCCCUGUCCCUUCUUAUUGCCUAUGGGGCCAAAGCUUUCUGUUAUAUUUUUAUAAGCAGUGCUUUUUAUAUGUUUUAUAGCAGUAGACUGCACACAGGGUUUUUAUCCACAAGAAGAAAAUAGUUUCGAGAGUCCAUAUGGUUUAGUAGCCUAACCUUGAAGCAGUUCCAAAAACAUUUGAGUUGAGCUUGAGUUUGUAACAUGUACAUACGUUUGUGUUUUUAUUUUGUUUUAAAGGAAGGGAUGAUCUGACUGUGUUUUUAACAUCAAGUUGCUACCUAGAUAGAUUCAAGAAAGAUUGUGUCUUAGUAUUUUAAGUUAAUAUUUAUGUGUAUUUUAUGUUGUCUUGUAUAAACUUGAAUGUUUAGUAACUAUUUAUGUCGACUUCUGUUGCAGUCACAUUUAAAAAACCCUAUCUCAUUUACAAUAAACAAUCUCUGUUAC